UAUGGACAAGAGCCAAAGAAAGGCGAAGCUAAACAAAAGGGUAGCAUGUAUAUAGCGUUUACUAAAUUAUUAGUAAAAUAUGCAGUAAUAUUGACUUAAAAGACUUGUUUUUAUCAUACAAUCAAGUGAACAUUUCAGUUACGAUGCCAGUGUAUCAUUUAAGCUCGUAAAAUGAGGUUCAAAGCAUCGUGUAAUGGUGGCCAUUAGGAGCAAUAAUUAUGUAUAUUGGCAUACUUACUGUUUUACGGACCAUCAAAUUUACGUUCAAAAUGGAACUGUGAAUCGUGUUGCAAAAGUUUUAUCUGAACGGGAUGUAAUCGGACAUUAAUCAGUGAACUGUGAAUGGGGUAAGAGCGAGGAGUGUAAAUAUUGUGUGCCGCGCGAAUCAUGGCCCAGAACCAGGGGGAGGUUCAAGUCGGUACAGCGAACCAACCCGUGAAGGAUAAGGAUAUUUACGCGUGCUUGCCUGAUAUGCGAGUGCAUGGCCCGCUGGGCCCAGACGAACCCUGUCCUGGCGGCGAAGAGCUUCGAUGGCUGCCUGCGCAGUCCACUGAUCGUGAUCUGGUGAUGUACUUGAGAGCUGCUCGGUCUAUGGCAGCGUUCGCUGGUAUGUGCGACGGCGGCUCUCCCGACGACGGCUGUGUGGCAGCCAGCAGAGACGAUACCACUAUUAAUGCCCUCGACGUUCUCCACGACUCUGGUUAUGAUCCUAGUCGCGCGUUACAAGCCCUAGUGAAGUGCCCAGUGCCCAAGGGAAUCGAAAAAAAGUGGUCGGAAGAAGAGACAAAGAGAUUUGUGAAAGGUAUUCGCCAAUUUGGCAAAAACUUUUUCAAAAUAAAGAAGGACCUUUUACCCCAUAAAGACACUGCCGAGUUAGUUGAGUUUUACUAUUUGUGGAAAAAGACUCCUGGUGCUAGUAGUAACAGGCCUCAUAGGAGAAGAGUUCGCCAGUGUUCACUGCGGAGGGUGCGUAAUACCAGAAAUUCUCGUGCUGGGACUCCUAAAGAGCAAGCCCCUGAAGUGGCUCCUACAGUCCCAGAUACUAACGGUUCUAGGCCAUCUCCUAAUACUAAAGAAGGAGGCGAGAUGAGUUCAGUAACAGAAGAUGAAAAUUCAGAAGAGGACAGUGAUUCCCGCGAUGCUGGAGAUUUGGCUAAAGCUGACAAUGGCAGAACUGAGAAUCCUGAUGAAUCACCCAGCAGAAUGAGAACUAGGAAUAAGUCCAAAGAACAGACAACACCAAAUGGUAAGAAAGGACAAGAUGAGAGUGACAAUGACACUAAAUCCAAGAAGGCCAAACCUAACACCCAAAGUACAAACAACAAUGUUCCAGACAAAGUUCCUUCCUCUCCUGUUAGCAAAGAAACUAAAAAGAAACCUGUGGCUAAUGGUAAAGUUGAUGCAUCUAAAGUCAAGAAGCGUCUUCCAGAUGAUUCAUCAAAAUUAGAAAGUAUAUUGGAUGGUGAUGUACAAAUGAAAAAGAAAAAGGCUGCCGAUCCACCUGAGAGUCCAUCUGAGAGCCUCACUAAUGACAGUUUCUCAGCCAUGGAUGAGACUGAAAAUGUGGAACCAGAGCCUGAAGCUUGCGACUUUAGUUUCCAUAAGACUGAUAAGGAAAAUACUGAACAAAAUAAGGAAAUUUUGCCUGAACAACCACCAAAGCCAGCUGACUCACAAGUUAAAACUGAAGUUAAAAGUGAGGAACAUGCUAUUAAAGCUGAAAAAGAUCCUCUACCACCUGUGUUCAAACCUGCUGAAAAAGAAGCAAUGAAAGAAGCUCUGGAUCUUAAAACUGAUACUAACAUUCCAAAGGAACCAGACACAAUGGAGAUGAAACCUCUUCCUCUGCAAGGUGCAAUGUUCCCUAAGACAGAGCUAAUUAUACCAAAAGUCACACCAAUGACAACUGAAGCUAUGGAUAAAAUUAAAAUUAAGGAGGAAAUUGAUACAGAGGAACAACCUCAUAACUUACAGAAGGAAGAAUUCCAGAAGGAUCCUCUUCCACAUAACUUUCCUGGUCAUCCUGUCAGCCAGCCAAACAAGCCUCUCAAUUUGGAAAACACAAACUUCUUUGUCAAAGACAGCCAUAUUUACAAUCCAAAGAUUGCACAUAACAUCAAGAUUGAAGGUGUGCCAAGCAAUAUAUUUAAUCCUAUGAACAUUACAAAAGACAGUUCUAUUAUAAGGAGUGCCAAGGACUUCUCCACAGGUAUGCCACCCUUUUAUCCUCCAGGUAUCAACUAUGCCAGUGAUCCUAACAAGCAUAAUCCUCAUCUUAAUCCAUUAAAGACUGUCAUAAAGUUAGAACCGAGGGAUGAAGCAAAUGAACUGAAAAACCAGAACACCCCUGAAAUAUUUACAGCAACAAUAUCUAGUGGGAGUAAGGUGGACUCGCCUAAUGCACCUAGGCUUGAUUCUCUUCAACAAAUAAGUCCAUCCCCAACACAUGCGCGCGGUUCGUCACCACCGCCUAUGGAACAUCCUACAACAACCAACACAGAGCCAAUUUCUCCAGCAAAUUCACAAGAAAACAAAGAAUCUGAUAUUGAUGACAAACAACCUACUGAUUUGAAAACGCAACCAAAGCAUGAUAGUCAAAUGGCUGGACUAAGACCUCCAAUAUUCCCACCACCAGCCCGUCCUGAGAAUCUUGGAGUCAGGCCAACAGAACCACCAAGCACUCCAGUAUCAGGGCAGAGUAUGCCUCCACCACUGAGUCAACCAUCAAUAACUGGUUUGUUACCUCCUGGACCAUUAAUCUCAGUUGGAAGUGGAUCAAAUGUAGGCCCUUAUGGCUUCAUGCCUACCCCAUUAUAUGGACACCCUGGACAUCCAGGUCACCCAGGACACCCAGGCCACCUAGGUCUUCCUGGACACCCAGGACAUCCUGGUUUAGACAAGCCAGGUUCCAUGCCACCUUUGAUACAACCUGUGCCAUCACAUGGAAUCCCUGGAAGCAUUAUACCACCACCGACAAAUAAUCCUAAUGAUCCAUCAAUGCCACAGGACUUGAAAAUUAAGCAGGAAGUUCCAGACAACAUGCCAGCUAAUUUGUCUACGCAGGGUGUUUCUGAUCCUCUUCAGUCACUCAAAGACGUAAAGGUGCCAGGUUAUCCAAUUGGAAGUGCCAUUGCACAGCAUUUAAGCUCGGAGAGAGACAGAGAAUCUAUCUCAAGUGUAGAAAACAACAGUAGACCUCCCAGCCAGCCUGCAAAUGAAAGCUCAAAUCUUUCAAGUGGGUUCCUUGGACCCAGAAUAGAAAGUAUAAAGAAGGAACCAGAUUUUUUACAUCAACCACAUCUGCCACCUGUGACUGCAAGCCAAAGCAGUGGUCCAGAUUCAGCAAAUGCUCUACCGCCAGUAAAAAGCCCGCAUACUCCUACGCCCAUCAAAAGCCAACCUGGUCACAAUGGUACCCCAGGACAUCCUCAUCCAUCUUCGACUACGUCGCCGUUCUCCAGGCACAUGACGAGUCCAUCGCAACCGAGACAGAUUUCUGCUUCACCAGUGCAACCUCACACCCCAGUGUCACAUUCGGCGUUGAACCUUAUGAACCCAACGCCGUUGUCAAUUCCGUCGACGAUGCCCGGCCCGAUUAUGCACUCGGGUCACCAAGGGGGUCCACCGCAUCCAUUCGCUUCUCCCUUACAUCAUCCUCAUCACCCCUUGCUACAUACUUCUAUUUUCCAGCUGUCUGCUGCGGCAGCGGCCCACGCUAUGCAUCCUUAUUAUCCUCACCCACAUCCUGGCUACUCAAUGCCAUAUCCAUAUCCUUAUGGACCCUUGGCUCAACCUCACCCAAUCCCGCCAAUGCAUCCUGCAGUCAGCGCCCCAGGCAGGCAUGACCCAGUAAAACCUUCAACAAUAGAAUCUACGACAAUGCUAAGUUCACAUCAUAGCACCAGUUCAUCAGUUACAACAAGAUCUCUGAGAGAAAUAUCAGAAAGUACGGAGGACCCUAGAAAUCCAAAUGCAACUACAGAGAGGCAUCAAUUGCACGAAACUACCAUGACACAGCAUCAUUCUACAAGUCAUCACAGUGCUGUGCACACGAGUACUGAAAAACAGCCGAAUCACGCUGGAGGUGGCUUGAACCAUACGUUAUCUAUAUCACAUUCUACAUCAAGUAGCUCAUCUCAGUCUAUACAACACAAAAUCAACACACAACAGAAACCGAGCUCACAUUCAAGCUCUCCUCACCACCUCUCGGCCAGCGUUUCCCAAUCUACCAGUUCGUCGUCAAGCUUGAAUGUGUCAAAUAAUCACACCCAUCACCAUUCACAUCACUUGGCGCAGCACCAUCCCGAGCGGCUAUCUCCGGCGGACUCUAUGUUACUACGGCAUCAUCCAAAAAUGCUUCCAGGUAAUCCCAAUCACCUUAUGAUUCAACCACCUUCCAUGGGCCAUCCCAUGGGACUAGGAUUACCUCCAGGACCGGGCCCUAGCUCCAUCGAGAGCUUACGACUUCAUGCCCAAGCUGCGGCCGGUCUGCAAGUGGGCCACGGCAGAGCGGGAUCUCCGCAUCAACUGCCACAUGGCCACCCACAUUUACGCGGCCCACCAAGGCCCAUGCCUGAUGAGAACCCAGAGCUGAAACUCGAAACACAAUCCCAACCAGAAGACGAAGAAAUACCGAGUCCUGCGCUUAUACGUGAGGGCCCAACUCCCGACCCGAAGAUUGAAGACACCGAGUGUCACAGGUCACAAUCGGCCAUAUUCUUGAGACAUUGGAACAGAGGAGAUUACAACUCUUGCACAAGAACUGAUUUAAUAUUUAAACCAGUGCCAGAAUCGAAGUUGGCCAGGAAACGCGAAGAAAGGCUGAGAAAGCAAGCCGAGAGAGAUCGAGAGGAAAGAGAAAAGAUUGCUCAACAGGCGCAUAGGAAGAUAGCGACGCCGGAGAAACCCGAUACGAAACCUCCUUCUAGAGGUGCCAUUGAAACUAUAACUUCCCCUUACGACCGCUUCCCGCGACCACCCGGAUACCCGGACACGCCCGCGCUCAGGCAGCUGUCGGAGUACGCCCGUCCACACGCCGGUUUCAGCCCAGGGAACCCCCUGCCGCGACACUGCAUGGAUCCGAUGCUGCAGUACCAGCUCAGCUCGAUCUACAGUGCCGCCGGAGCGAGGGAGCGGCUAGAGUUAGAACACCUCGAAAGAGAAAAACGGGAUCGAGAGAUACGAGAGUUGAGGGAGCGCGAACUGAACGACAGACUGAAGGAGGAAUUGCUCAAAAACAACGUCGGGCCGAGAGGACUCGACCCGCACUGGCUGGAGAUGCACAGGCGAUACGGGAUGCCGCCGCCGCCGCCGCAGGGCGCGAUACCGGUCCAGUUCGGGCUGUACCCGCCGGGGCACGGGCCGGGCGCGCUGUCGCAGCUGGAGCGCGAGCGGCUGGAGCGGCUCGGCAUCCCGCCGGCCGGGGCGCCCGGCGCGCCGCAGGCCGUGCCCGUGUCCGGCGCGCCGCCGCACCACCCGCACCACCCGCAUCCCGGCGUCGCGGCCGCGCAGCUGGAGGCGGCCGAGCGCCUGGCGCUGGCCGCCGACCCCAUGGUGCGGCUGCAGAUGGCCGGCAUCAACCCCGAGUACCACGCGCACACGCACGCCCACACGCACGCGCACUCCCACACGCACCUGCACCUGCACCCGGGGCAGCAGGCAGCGCAGGCGCAGCAGGAGGCGAUGGGGCUGGGGCCGUACCGGCCGCUGCCGCACCCGGACCUGCUGGGGCGGCCGUACGCGGAGCAGCUGGCGCAGCAGGCGGCGGCGCACGAGCAGCUGCAGCGGCAGCUGCUGAUGGAGCGCGAGCGCGGCUUCCUGCACCCCGCGCACCACGAGGACUUCAUGCGCCAGCAGCGCGAGCGCGAGCUGAAGGUGCGCGCGCUCGAGGAGGCGGCGAGAGCCUCGCGCCCGUAGGACGCCGCGCCGCGCCUCAGGCGCGACGACGCCGUAGUCUUGGUUGAGUGAAGUGCGGUGACCCUCGUUAAGUGCGCUAGUGGUGAUUAAGUAUAAUGUAAAUUACUAUUGUUGCGAAGUGUUCACGUGGUAGUUUUAUCGAGAACAUAAAUUAAAUACGAGCGAGUUUUUCAUGUAAUGUGUGACGAUACUUGUAAUUGAACUAAUAAUAAUUAUGUAACUUAAGUAUUUAAGUUUUUAUAAUAUUUUUAUAGAUGCAUGGUCAUGUAGUACGCUUAUUUUCCAUGCUCAAAUUAUUUCUUAACUACUAGUCAUAAUUAAAAUUUUAUUCAUGGAAGACUAUCAAUGAGUCAACACUUUUUUUACAUAGAUGACCUUAUUUUCUAGUUUAAAUUAUUGUUUUAUAAUACAUUUUAAUAAUGGUACAGAUUCACCGAGGGUGCUGGCUAGCAUUCAUGUGUAUGGUAAUUACAUUUGAUGUAAAUUACAUUAUUUUAUAAUUAUGACGUUAUACAUUAAUAAUAAAUGGUAAUAUUUAAAUUAUGACAGAGUAGGGACUGUGACUUGCCUUUCAAAUCAACUUGCCUUUUUAAGUAAUUGACCUGUAGAGAAGUUAUCUUUCUUACUCUGUUAAAUCCUAAGACUAAACGUAGUCUCUAUCGCCCUUAAAUUAUUUACAAUAUUUUUAUCCUAUACAUAAAUUAUUAUUUCAUGUAAGAAUUGUAACUAGCUCUCAAUAAAGAUGUAAGUAAUAAGUAAAUGUAAGUCCGUAAAAAGCGCAAUCUAUCUGCACAAAAGGACAGUAAGCAGCAUGCA